GACGAGGAAAAACUAAAAAGAAAACACACAGAAACAAAUAAUAUUGUAAAGAGAGAGAGAGUUUUUGGAUCAAAGGGCGGGCACAGGAGAGGUGCCAACAACUUAUCAUCAUCAUCAUCAUCACUGCUAAAAAUGAUCAUGGCGAUUUGUUGAUUAUCCCUUUCAAAAUCUUUCUCUCUUCUUCUUCUUUGUUUUUUUUUUCAGGAAAAGAAACCAAGGGGGGAGAGAGUAGAGGUUCUCCUUCCAUUGAUGUCCUUUUCGUCUGUAAUGUCUCUCUCUCCACCCGAUUCAAAGGUCCUCCUGGAUUUUUAAACCCUAAUUUAUUUUUCUAUAGUAGGAGAGAAAACAAAACAAUAACUGUAGUUUUCUGAGUCUGGUUUCAUUUAUUCAAAUCAAUAAAUUGACAAAAAUAGAGUUUCUGGAGGAGAGAUAAUUUGUCUUCCUCUUCUUCUUCAAAUCAACUUUGAGUGUUCCAUUUCUGUAAAAUAAACCGGAAGGAGAAUGUCAGACUCAGACGGUUCUCCAAGUUCUUCACCACCAGCCGAUUCAGCUCCCCCGCCGGAUUCUUCAUUAGAUAAUUCUGCUCCUCCACCUACCGACUCUACAUCUACUCCUUCUCCACCGGCUGACUUAUCAGAGCCACCACCCUCUGACUCAGAACCAUCGCCUCCACCUCCCGAUUCAAUACUUCCUCUACCUUGGAUCCUAACUCCAUUAACAGACACUCCUCCUCCAGAUUCUAAUUCUCCACCGGAAGACUCCAUCAUUCCUCAGCCGCCGCCAACAUCAACCAAAUCCCCUUCUCCUCCGACAGAUUCAGAAACACCACCGGCUCCUCCAUACGAAUCCGAUAACCCACCUCCAUCUUCAGACGUUCAUUCUCCUCCUUCACCAUCAUAUUCUUCAACGAUCCCGGAAACUCCACCGUCACAAUCUCCUUCUACUACACCAUUAGAACCAACCAAUUCACCUCCGGCUCCACCGUCAGACCCAACCAAUCCUCUCCUGAUCCAACCAUCAGCGCCAGCAAAUUCCCCACCGGGGGCGAGCACAUUUCUUGCACCACCCAAACUUAACGGUGGUUCUGGUGGAGGAGCCGUUGUGUCUCCAUCUCUCACAGUCCCUAGCAAAGUAACACCUCCAACAAACGGAAGCAAUGGUAUUAGCUCUCAAGGGAAGAUUAUGGUCGGUGUGGCUGUAGCCGGAGGUUUUGCCAUCAUGGCGCUUAUAGCCGUUUGUUUCUUAGUGAGAAGAAAGAAAAAGAGAAACAUUGAUAGCUAUGAUCACCCUCAGUACUUGCCACACCCUAACUUCUCUGUCAAAUCAGAUGGAUUCUCAUACGGACAAGAUCCUAGUAAAGUAUACUCUGGUCCUGGUGGUGGUUCAAUGUACAAUUCACAGCAGCAACAAUCCUCUAUGGGAAACAGUUACGGGAGCCAACCCGGUCACCAAAUGCAAUCCAAUAGCAUGCCUGACUCUGCCAUCCUCGGAACUAACCAGACUCAUUUCAGCUACCAAGAGCUUGCGGAGAUAACUCAAGGCUUUGCUAGACACAACAUUCUUGGAGAAGGUGGGUUCGGAUGCGUAUACAAAGGUACCUUACAUGAUGGUAAAGUUGUCGCGGUUAAGCAGCUUAAAGCUGGGAGGGGACAAGGUGAUCGUGAGUUCACGGCAGAGGUUGAGAUCAUCAGCCGUGUUCAUCAUCGGCAUUUGGUGUCUCUGGUUGGUUACUGUAUUUCGGACCAGCAUAGAUUGCUUAUUUAUGAGUAUGUUGAGAAUCAAACCUUGGAGCAUCAUUUGCAUGGAAAGGGAAGGCCGGUUUUAGAAUGGUCUAAGAGAGUCCGAAUCGCUAUAGGUUCAGCUAAAGGGUUGGCUUACCUGCAUGAAGACUGUCAUCCAAAAAUCAUUCACAGGGACAUCAAGUCAGCAAACAUUCUACUGGAUGAUGAAUAUGAAGCUCAGGUUGCUGAUUUUGGACUUGCUAGACUCAAUGAUACAACACAAACUCACGUAUCAACUCGGGUUAUGGGGACCUUUGGGUACCUAGCACCAGAAUAUGCAUCAAGUGGGAAACUGACUGAUAGAUCCGAUGUUUUCUCGUUCGGGGUUGUUCUCUUAGAGCUUGUAACUGGAAGAAAACCAGUUGACCAGAAUCAACCUCUAGGAGAAGAGAGUUUGGUCGAAUGGGCACGGCCGCUGCUUCUCAGAGCCAUUGAGACCGGAGAUUACAGCGAGCUCAUUGAUAGACGGCUCGAAAAACAUUAUGUGGAGCAUGAAGUCGUGAGAAUGAUUGAGACUGCAGCUGCAUGCGUUAGACAUUCUGGUCCAAAACGUCCACGCAUGGCUCAGGUUGUGAGAGCAUUGGACUGCGACGAAGACUCUGGAGAUAUUAGCAACGGGAUCAAAGUUGGGCAAAGCACAACUUAUGACUCAGGGCAAUACAAUCAAGAGAUCAUGAAGUUCAGGAAAAUGGCGUUUGGUAUUGAUGAUAGCACAGAGUCAGGGAUGAACAGUGGAGGUUACUCUGGGAAAAGCUCCUCUGAUUUCUCAGGGAAUGAAUCCGAGACUCGACCUUUCAAUAACCGACAAUUCUGAUCAUACAAAUAUACAAUAGGUGAAAGUAAAUACAUACAUCUGCCUCUUUUCUUGAAAUCUGUAAAGCUAUUAUUUUCAUAUAUUGAGUUGAGAUGCAUUUCUUGGUAGGUGCCUUAAGUUUUUGUUCUCUAAUAGCUAAAUGCCCUCAGAAAAGAAAAAUAGAACCAAGAAAAAGUUGUGAAGAGUGAGGAUGAAUAGUGAAGAACCUCUUUGUUUAAUGAUAAACCGUCCUCCAUAAAUUUGUUGAUUCUUUUACAAAAUUAUUUUACUUUAGAAUCUUUUUUUAUAAUAAUGGAUUAAUUUAUUUAGUACGUUAGAGUAUUUAGUGUAUACUUAACACCAAUAGACUCAGAAUUUUUAUAGCUUCACAUACCCGUAAAAUCAACCAGGCAAGGAAAAGCACAAAAGAAACCAAUAAUAGAAAGGGCAGCAAAUAAGACAUAAACAUAAAGUAUUUUGUUCUUAGACAACUCAAAAUAAUUAGUGUCCUGGUCGGAACUCGAAAUCUGGACCUCCAUGUCUGAUUUCACCUUUACCAUGAAGACCGUCUUCAUUUUCAGGUAACUUGAACCUCACUCCAUGUUGAGGUGGACCUCCUCCGCCUCUUUCUCCUCUCUUGUUAUCAAAUCCGAGUUCCAUGUCAUCUUCGUAAUCUCUUCCAUAGGGUUUCUCAAUUUCCCUAUGAUGUUUCAUAUCCACACCAAACUCCAAAUCACCUCUCUCCCUCGGCUCAAACUCUCUUCCAUAGGGGUUCUCAAUUUCCCUAUGAUGUUUCAUAUCCACACCAAAUUCCAAAUCACCUCUCUCCCUCGGCUCAAACUCCACAGGCCGAAUCUCAUGGCUCUUCGUAGAUGGCCCUUUCUCGCGCCUUGGCUGUUUGCUAUGAUGUUGCUUGGCCCCACGGCUUAUGCGGUUGCAUAGCCUCCCAAAGAUACAAGCCACAGCCGACAAGACAAGUAUCACGGCUACUACUAUGAAAACCGUCGCAAAGGAACCGCGUGAGCCAUAGGAAGAAGAAGCUGGUGAGGACGAAGAAGAUGGAUAUGAAUUUUGUGUAGUGUAUGCGUUUGGAUACACAACGACAGGCUGUUGCAUUUGUUGUGCUCCUUGGUCUCCCAUUUUCUCUCUUAGGGUUUGGGUUUAUGUUUGGUUCGUAGAAACAAAUCAAGAAGAUGUUGAAGUUGUCAGUUACUUUGGAGAUUAGAGAUCAAAGAGGGUUAUUGUGAAGGUACAUGUGGAACAAGAAAUGUGAAUAUGCUUCAUUCCAUGUGAGAUGAGGGGUAAUGAAUUAAUAGAAGCAUUUCGUGGCUUGAAUAAAGUUACUAAUUAAUGUAUCAUACAAAAGUGACAGGUAAUGAAACGAAUAAGACUAAUGGGUAUGAAACCAAAGUUCUAAAUUGAGAAUAUUGAUCUUUGUUGUUUUUCUUUCUUUUCUUUUCAUAAAGAGAGACAACUAAAGAGAUUCUUUUCGAUGUGUUAGUGGAAGGAGAGAUGUACUUAGGUAAAAAACAUGUUUAUUUGUGAGAAGAUCAAGUGGGAUACACUUCCAUCUUUUCCAAGAAACAUCAAAAGAUUGAUGGAGAGGGCUUAAGCAGUCAUUGACUCAUACUAUAUAUUACUUCUGUGAAUUCACUAUUUUACACAUAGUUUCAAAUUUUAUUAUAUGUGCAUGUGUAUAUGUGUAACUGAACUGUAAAAAGGGAAAUUUUGACAAAAUGCCCUAAAAUUAAAGGCUUUCUGUAUUCCUCUGAAAUAGCUACAGAAAUACAUUUUUCAACUUAAAAUGAGGCGUUUUGAAUUUACGGUGGACUUUUUGGUUGAGAAUUUUUAAAAUAUGUUUACAAUUGAAGAGUUUAUUAAAGGGAUUUUUCAUUAAAGUCUUAAGAAAUUCGAGUCGAAUCUUUAAAAUCACUUUAUUCAUCUCAAAUAGUUGUAUAUUUUACCAAAGGCAAAAAAGAAUAAUGUUAUCAUUAACAAUUCAUUUUGAAAAUGUAUAUUCCUUUAGCACCAUUUAAGGGAAAUUUGCAAAAUAAAAGCCCAAACAUAGGCUUUUAAAAUAUAAUAAAAUUGGUUUAUAGGCCCAUUAGAUGGGAUAAAGAUGAUAAGGGAUUACGCUGGCCGUGGAGGUUGAGAAAGAGUUGUCAAGGAACUUCCUUUUCUUGUCAGGAACUAUCCCAAUACGUCUACAUGUCCGCGAAGUCCCAAACAAACUUUAUGCAUAUUACUGGAAGGAUAGAAAUGCGAUGGAGUUCUUGGACACGUUGAAGGGUAGCUAUAGUGUGGAGCCAGUGUAUGUUGAUGCAGAACGCUUGUGCAAGAACAUGACGCCGAGAGAAGAAUACAGAAAAUGUAGUGGUGGAAAAGGAUUGAUUGCGUCCAAGGCUGUCUUCGUACUUUCGCCGGUUCACUGUCCAGACCACUAAGAAAAUGGCUGAAGAUCUUCAAAUGCAGGCUGGCGAUAUCCGAGGUUUUUGAAAUGCCCCAGUACUGUUUUGGUUAUCUCAUCUAAUUCAAUAGUGAAUUCACUUCAAUAAAUUCUCUAGAUUCCUUAUGAUCAAAUACGAUAUAUAAUUUUUAUAAGAGCUUCAAGCCUUCAAGCAACAGACGUGACAAACACUAGCAUAAAUUAUUAAACAGUAACAAUAAACAAUAUAUGUAUAUUAUAAAUUUGUAACUUGAGUUUGUAUAAUAUUUUUUUAUGUUUUUUUAUUUGGAGACUCUUGCUUGUGUAUUAUAUUUUUCCAUUUCUUAGUCCGUGUCAUUCAUCAUGAAACGCUUUGUGUAGUCUGAAAUAAUAUCUCUCGCUUGAACGUCGAGAAAUAAUUCACAAGAAUUGAGCCGCCCACUUUCUUAUCUUUUGUUCUUAGCCGUAAUAAACGUAAGGUAUACUUAAAAGAAACAUUAUUUCAUUUCUAACAGAGGAAAUGAAGUCAAGUAAUAAAGCUCAUAUUGUAUAUUUCGUCUGAAACCAUGUUGAAAAUACAAGCUUUGUCGUCCCAAAAUUCUGUUAAGAGACAUUGGUUAAUAACUCGACAGAAAAGAUCCCCAGAUGUCUAUUAAGAGAAACGAACACUGGUUUUGUAUUUUGUGACAACUUUUAUCUUUCUAUGAAUAUGGAAACCGAAUAUGAAUAAUACAGUAUAUGUUUAUAACUAAGUUAAAAGUAAAGAUAAAUGUAGAAAUAUAUCAUGCGAGUUUCUCCUUGAGUUUUUUUACCGAGAAAAUAUUAAAUCCGAGUCUAUUAAAAAUACAUAUCUAAUUCCUGAGUGGGAGGUGUAAUCCACAGAUGAAUUCUCUCCCAGGUAUUCAAAUAGGCCGUAAACAUGGGCUUAUUCAUAUCCACGUGGUCACAUAUAGAACUAAUAAUUCCGUACUAGAAAGGAGUCCCUGACCUGGACCAAUAGGGCAACUCUUCCUCUAGUAGAAACCACUAGACCACCAUGAUGUGUUUCUCGCUAGAGUUAUUCAAUUAUCUUUGGUGCAAUCGUUUGACAUGAAUUCUCGCUAGGGUGGACAACGUCCCAGAACACAUAUAACAAGAUGCAUCCGGGCAAAAGAACAGGAUACGUCGUCAGCAUUUAAUAUCCAUCAGCCACAUCAAUUAUAAACAGUAAAAAUUCCAAAUUAAACUCAUCAAUUACUUCAUUAAACUCAUAUUGUUGGGAUAUAAUAAAAAGAUUGAAUUAUUCAUAAUCUUUGGUAAGCAUAAAUUACAAAAACAAAGAGAAAUAAAACAAAUAGGUCUUCUUGAAAAAAUGACAGCGAGCUCGAGGCGAAACUUGAAUCCAUCGAUAUGGCCUUCACAACAAAAUUAGAUAGCUAAAAAAUAGUCACUUUAGGUUGUGACGUUGAGAUUCAACCGUCACCUACGAGAAAUCCUAAGAAAUUUUGAUUGCAUUUUCUGAUCCGUAGAGACCGUUAUACAAGAUAGUAAACUUGAGUUGAAAUUUUUUCUUAGUAACGAGUCCGAGACAUCUCCCGAUAGAUGAACCCACUGAAUCUUUGUCACUCUAGGCUCUAGCCAAAUGGACACAAUUCUUUAGACCAAAAGCCAAUAACAUAUUAUUCUUGGAAACAUAACUAUAAAGAUGUAAGGUACAUAUUUGUUUUUUUCAUUGAGUAAUGCCGUUACCUGAAGCCUGAGGAUUUUUGAUGAGAUCAAGACUAGAUUAUACAUGUAUACGUAGACAAAUUUGGCACCAGGAAAUGUUGUCUAGAGAUUGUUAAGUCUCGCUGUUAACUUUGUGUUAAAUGUAUCAGCCCUUUGAUUUGCAGAGUCUGAACAUACUUUCCAUAAAUUUACGGGCACGUCUCUUGCUCCUGCCAAGCAACCUAGUGGUAAUGUUCAAUAUCCUUGGAGCUCUCGCUUGUACGUCAAGAAAGAAGUCACGAGACUUUAGCUGCCUUGAUAUGUUUCAUUUUCACUCGACGGUACGUUAACGUAAGGUUCACUUCACCUUCUCUAUUCUUUCAGUUUUAUAAAUGUGUUUGUCUAUAUCUUAUUUUAUAUUGUUUUCUAAGGUCCUGAAACCAUAUAGUAUAUACAAUACAUGAUUUGUCCCGUUGACCUUUUCCCCCUGUAAGUCAAUUAUCUCUUUGUCCCGGUAUCUAUCUCUCAGACACUCAUUCGAUCGUCAUAUCUCUUUGGGGCUCAAAUUUUCAGAGUGUAAAUGGGUAUAUUUCCUUGGUUUGGUGGCUGGAUCAGUCAGAACACACAACAGCCUAAAAAAUCUGAAAAUGUUAAAUCCAAGCCAGUGAAAGAGACAAAAACUCACAAUGAGAGAGAUGAGAUGGAGCAAUUAAAACUAUGGAGAGAUGCAAAUAAGAAGAAACAAUAUCAAGAACCUCCUCCUACUGUGAAGGUGCGCAUAGACCAUAAAUUUGAUGGCCUUUCCCGUAUGGAAAUGGAAUUUAUAUUAGGAUUGCCACCUCAAACAGCUUACGACGUUUUAACUAAUCAAGACAAUGAAUCAUACUCCAGAGAAAAGAACGACCGUCCACUUCUGAAAGCCGUAUCAAGAGUAGUUACAUCAGAGAAGGAUGAAGGAGAAGGGCAUAGGCCGAUCGUGAAGGUUGAGAAAGAGUUGUCAUGGAAAUUCCUUUUCCUGUCAGGAACUCUCCCAAUACGUCUAAUUGUCCUCGAAGAACCAAACAAACUUUAUGUAGACUACUUGAAAGAUGGAAAAGGAAUAAGGACCAUGGAAACGUUCGAGGGUAGGUAUACAGUGGAGCCAAUAUAUGUUGAUGCAGAACGCUUGUGCAAGCACAUGAAGCCAAAGAGUCCAGAAGAAUACAGAAAAUGUAGUGGUGGAAAAGGAUUGAUUGCGUCCAAGGUUAAAGUGGACCAGACUUUUAGGCCUGCUUCUCCUUGGGAUCUGCCACUGCUGUCUUCGUACAUGCGCCUGUUCACUAUCGAGACCACUAAGAAAGUGGCUGAAGAUCUUCAAAUUCGGGCUUCCAACAUUCGAGGUAUUCCGGAGCUGAAAGUCGGAGAUUAGUUGCUACCGGAGGUCCCUUCGACCCGAGUCGGGGAAGAACCCGGAGGAUUUUGGAACAGGGUCUUCGAAUAUCUGCUGUGUAAACUUAAAAAAGGAAGGAUAUUUAUAUACUUUUCUGGCUAUCAUAUGAGUUUUUUACUUUGUGAACAAGUAAGCAUGUUUACUUUGUCGUCUCACAUAAAAUACUUUUUUGGCUAUCAUAUGGCUUGUUUCUAACCACAAGAUGGCAUGUCUAAAUAUAUGCGUCUUCGUAAAAUAUGCAUUCAUGUCAAGAUUAAUUUAAAGAUGGUUGUUCACCAGGCAAGUAGUCUCGCAUAAUAUCUGAGUAGAAUAUCCGACUUCUUUUCUUGUAGUUUUCAUGAAUUUUAACUCAAAAUCGAUUAAUAAUGAAUGUUGUAUA